UCACGUGAGAGGACGUACGCUCAGCGGGGCGCUCACGUGACCAGGGGCGUGCUGCGGCCGCCCGGGCGGACCCGGCGAGAGGCGGCGGCGGGAGCGGCGGUGAUGGACGGGUCCGGGGAGCAACCCAGAGGCGGGGGGCCCACCAGCUCUGAGCAGAUCAUGAAGACAGGGGCCCUUUUGCUUCAGGGUUUCAUCCAGGACCGAGCAGGGCGAAUGGGGGGAGAGACACCGGAGCUGGGCUUGGAGCAGGCGCCCCAGGACGCAUCCACCAAGAAACUGAGCGAGUGUCUCAAACGCAUUGGAGAUGAAUUGGACAGUAACAUGGAGCUGCAGAGGAUGAUCGCGGCCGUGGACACAGACUCUCCCCGAGAGGUCUUUUUCCGAGUGGCAGCUGAAAUGUUUUCUGAUGGCAACUUCAACUGGGGCCGGGUUGUCGCCCUUUUCUACUUUGCCAGCAAACUGGUGCUCAAGGCCCUGUGCACCAAGGUGCCCGAGUUGAUCAGGACCAUCAUGGGCUGGACAUUGGACUUCCUUCGAGAGCGGCUGCUGGGCUGGAUCCAGGACCAGGGUGGUUGGGGGCUGCCCCUGGCUGAGUCGCUGAAGUGCCUGCUGUCCCUGUCCCCAGGACGGCCUCCUCUCCUACUUUGGGACACCCACGUGGCAGACGGUGACCAUCUUUGUGGCUGGAGUGCUCACUGCCUCACUUACCAUCUGGAAGAAGAUGGGCUGAGGCCAUCAACUGCCUUGGACUUUUUCUGCAUAAAUUAUGGCAUUUUUCAAGGGGGGGGGGUGGAUUUGGGGGCCAUGGGAGUUUUUCUUACUUUUGUAAUUAUUGGGGUGGGGCAGGGUAGGGAGGAGUGGUCUUGCGAGGGUGGGUGCAAUAAACCUCUUUCGGACCACACUUCGGAGUCUGAGUCACUGGGCCCGCUUCCUGGCUGUUGCAGGACACCAGGCUUCAUGCGCUGACCCAUCUUU